AUAAGCUUGCGGCUCGUGAAACUUUCAUUGCCAUGUGCUUCUUUGGUGGUUGUAAAAAGCGGUGUUCUAGUUGUUCCAUAUGGAAGUGUACAGACGUACAUUGUGAUACUCAUAUACUGUCCAGUGCGUCGCGGAUACGAACAUUAUAACUCGAUUCAGUGCUGCCUUUACUUUCAUUCUGUUACUUGCUAUGGCUUCAAGAAGGACUAGAAUUAAAGGGAUAGCUAAUAUCCCCCAACGGAGGAAAAACGUGUCUGAAGAAAAAACUGAGGAAAGUGAUAACCUCGUUAACGAACAGGAUAACGAAAAACAACCUUCUCCAAGUCCGGUGGAUAAAUCAGAGCAAUUAUUAACUGGUGCCCCUGCAGAAUCUAAUAAAGAACCAGAUUCUAAUGUUCCGCAAGAGAUAGGAGUCUCAAAGGAUUUCGAUGCAGUUGUCCAUUCUAAUAGCGGUGAUGCAACUGUGCCAAAUCCUGCUGAGAGUCAAACUUCUCCAGCGGUGGAAAAUAAUGUUGUGCCACAAAUUGUUCAACCACCAAAACCUCUUUUAAAGCGUAGAACCUUCAUAAAACCACAAGUAUCGGCUAGUGUUAUCAAUAGAAAACCGAAACAAAAUGUAGAAAAAGAUCAUACAGAGACAAGUGUAGAAAAGAGUUGUCUUGAGACAGAUAAAAUUGAAACUUCAGAUACAGCUACUCAACAGGGCCCCGUAGAAAAUGGUUUAAAGGAAAAGCAAUUUAUUUCAAAGGGAGUGUCCAAUGUUGCACGAGAAGUUACCUUAGACGAAGUACAUUUAACUCCACAGAUCGGGACACCACAUCAAGAAGUGGAAUCUUCAGAUAAGGGUGUGAAGAAGAUUGUGCCUCAAACAAGCAACACCCCUAACUCUGACACAGAGUACCCCCCUCCACCACCCAGCCCUAGCAAAAUCAAUCGUUCCAGAAUAAAGGCAAUACCUCGAUUGGGUUAUCGUAAAACUAGUCUUAGCGCUAGCGAGUCGGAAGACGAAAGUAAGAGGAACUACAAUAGAAACAGGAAUGACUCUGUUUGUUCCACUGCAUCAGGUAUUCCAGAAUCCAUCACGGAUUGCUUCUCCCCGCAGAGACCUAAGGACUUUAAUUCCAUGCUGCAGAAAAAGGGCAACCGUACGGAGCAGUCGCGGAAGCUCGCCGAAGCUCGUCGAGAUUUCCAGAGACGUUUCGGGGCCAGCAAGCCUGACAGACAGAAGCUCACCAUGAUCGAUCUUAUUUUCUACAAUCCCGAGUCAAAUCCUAUGACGAACGAAGCGAAGCCUAAACCGGAGACACAAGAAGUGGAAGUGACGGAAACGAACGAGGUUGAGGUGGAAAGCGAGAAAGUGGACGAUCCGCUACAAAUGGAGGAGGAAGAGCCGAGAAAAAGCGACGAAGAAAACGAAGUGCCCGCACCGCAGAUAAAAAUCGGUCCGACAGGCGAGAUAAUCCUCGACGAGAAGAGCCUCGUCAUCGAGAGCAAAGAAGUGCAAAAACAGAGAGAGGAACUACAGAAGACUAAGCUCGUCGACGGCGAUUUCGACACGGGCUACGGUAUCUACAAGAGGCAGAAGAGAACGAAGGAGUGGACGCAGGGCGAAACCCUACGGUUCUACAAGGCCCUGAACACCAUCGGCACGGACUUCACGCUCAUGUGCGAGCUGUUCCCGAGAAGGACCAGGCGGGAGCUUAAGCAGAAGUUCAAGAAGGAGGAGAGGAUCAACCGGGGCCUGAUUGACAAGGCCGUGAUGCAGCCGUGUAAUUUCGACUACACUGAACUGAAGCACGAAGUGGAGAUGGAGGAGAGGGAAUUGGAGGAAUUGAGGAAGCAGAAGGAGGACGAGGUUAGGCUGAGGCAGGAGAAGAUGGAGCAGAGGCAGUUGAAAAAGAGGAAAGCCAUGGAAAAGGCAGAAAUGGAGAAAAAUUCCACCGAACCACCGCCACAACCCAAACCCGCCAAAAUACGCAAGGUACGAAAACCCCGCACAAAGAAACUCAACAUAGAGAGCGUCCUAGAAGACAGCGACGCCGACGUGUCCGACAUCGCCACCCAAAGCGAAUCCGAAGGAGAAAUCUCCAUUCCCCAGAAACCGACGAGAUCCGGCAGGGUCCCCAAAGUCAUAAAGAAAUUCGACACCACCGAAGAAUCCACCGUAGAGAACGUCAUGAGGAAGAGCAAGGUGACCAACGCGGCCCCCAACAACAUAGAACCGGGCUCCAUCAUGAUAAUCACGGAGACGGGGCCCAACGGCGAGCCGGUGCACAAGAUUUUCAUGGUCACGGCCGACAACAACACCACGCCCUUGAAACUUGACUCGGAGGUCGUCUCCAAGGCCAUCCAGUUCAAGAAGGGGGUGAAGGCGCAGAACAUCCUGACGAUAAAGGAGAAUGUGACCGACGACGAAGGGGAGAAUUCCCAGAUGGAGAAUAACAUGACGAUACCUGCGGACGAAAACGUCACGACUCUAAGGGGGGAGGGAGGCGCGUACAACGGGCACGUCGAGAGGAUGGUCGAUGAGACUCUCGCUGACGGCAGGCCUAUAGAGGAGGCGAAUGUGGAUUGCGGGUAUUCGUAAGUGUCCACGACUGCUUGUGAUCGUUAGAGGAGGUAGCGGCGAAUAUUUUGCAGACUGAAUCGCUAACUCGUAUUUAAGCAAAUUAAUUUAUAGCUACAAUGAAAUAAGUUAUUUUGUAAACUGUAUACUCGUAUUUAAAAUAUUUAUACAAAAAUAUUGGAAAUGGAUAAAUCACUAUUAAAUAAAUAUUUUGCCUGAUCGUUUA